AUGAGACCUUGGACAGCUACACCUGGGAGGACAAUGACGGCGACACCGUCAAGGUUCUUGUUCCUUUGGACGGGGUCGGCAAGCUCUCGCCGGAAAAGGUCCGUGUACAUUUCGGAGAGAGAUCAUUCGAGCUUCUCGUUGAAGGCCUUGGUGGCCGCAACGUGCGCUUCGCAUGCUACAAGACCCACGGCGAGAUGA